UUACUCCUAAAGGCAGGAAGUGGACACGGCCCAGAUGUCCAUUGCCAGGGGGCUGGGUAAACUGCGGUAUUGGCGUGCAGUGGAGUAAUGCUCACAACAUAAAGAAGUGACACUGGGGACGAAUCCUGCACACGUUCCAUGGAGCGACAGAGACACAGCCCGGAGAGAGCCUGCCUGUGAUUGUUUAUGUGGACCUCUAGACCAGACUAAACUGACCCAUGCUGAUAGAAAUCAGAAAAGUGGGUGCCUCGGAACCAAGGGGAUUGACACAGAGGGGCCCAGGGGAACUUCCCGGAGUGAUGAAAAUGUUCUGUAACUUGACAGGACGUUGGUUCCCUGGGUUAUUCAUCUGUCAAAACUGACUGAACGGAACAUCCAAUCUCUGCAUUCACUGGCGUCCCAGAGGGCAGAUGGCUGGUGUGGAGGAGUCAGGCUGGCCUGGGUUCAGACCUUUGCCUCCUGGCUUAGCAUCAUCCUCGCCCUGGGACCUGGGGCAAGUCUUCGUGUCUGAGUCCCGACGACCUCGAGUGUGACCUGAGCUAGAGCUGUAAAACUGACAAGCUUGGCAUGUGGAAAUCAGCACAUCUGGGCCUGUGAUUCCAGGGGUGGAGUUUACUUCCGAGUGGGAACCCAGCCUCUCAAUCCCAGUCUGAUGCUUCCAGCCUGGAUAAUGAUUGAGCCACCUGUCCAGCCCGCGGGGGUCACGUUGGUCAGCGUCCACUCCAGUCCCAACGACCAGAUGCUGUGGGCACUCGACAGCAGGUGGAACGUGCACGUCCGGGCUGGCAUCACCGAAGAGAUGCCGGUGGGGAUCGCCUGGGAGCACGUGCCAGGCUUGCAGGCCUGCCAGCUCGCACUGAGCACCAGGACCGUGUGGGCCCGCUGCCCCAAUGGUGAUCUUGCCCGACGGUACGGCGUCACCGACAAGAACCCCGCGGGAGACUACUGGAAGAAAAUUCCCGGCAAUGUGACAUGUUUCACAGUGACCUCGUCAGAUGAGCUGUGGGCAGUGGGCCCCCCCGGCUACCUCCUCCAGCGGCUGACGAGGACGUUCAGCCACUCGCACGGUGCCCCGAGCAGCCACGCCACCCCCCCCCACCCCGAGGACCUGGAGGACGAGUGGGAGGUCAUCUGAAGGAGCCUCGGGCAGGCCGCUCAGGAGGGAGGAGGCCGAGACGGGUGGCGGACACGGUGGUCUCGGAGUCGCUCGCUCCCGGCCACGCCUCAUCAGCUCUUGCCCAGACAUGUCGGGCCGGCUUGGACAGCCCACACUUGCUUUCAUCCAUGUUUGUUUCCGUCUUGUUCCAGAACCCACAGCCUCGGCCGAGCGACCUGGAGCUGUGGCCGGAGCGGCAGUGCCUCUGAGCUCUUGCCAGGGCCGCCUCUGAGUGCGGCAGCGCCGGCCUCCACCCCGGCCUCUCCAGGCCCGCAGAGGGGACGAGCCGGGGAGCCGGAGGUCAGCGCGCUCCCACCCAUGAGGGGGUCCGCGCCGGCUUCGCGGUCACCACAGGGACCCAAGUUCUAGCACAUUCCAUGCUGGCCACUCCGGCGGGGAAACCAAGGCUGCAUCUGCGAGGUGGGGUGCUGGUCUCUGCCAGGAUGCAGCGCGCACACACACACACACACACACACACACACCCGGGCGCGCACACACCACCCACGCCCUCCGGGCCCACUGAGGGCACGGCACGCUCGCCUCCUGGAGGCCACACGUUACCCAAAACAAUAAAGGCAUAGAAAAGGUGCACGUGUUUCCAAGGCAGCUGUGGCCCCGGGAGGUGUGGCCGGACGUGGGGGAGCUCAGCCACGGGAGCUCACUGAGCACGGUCUUUGGGGUGAUGUCUAGUGCUGCUGGUGGACCUCAUAACGGCCAGAAGCGUCCUCGCAGGAUGAGUCUACUAAUUAUUGCCUUUUUUGUUUGUUGUAUUACAAACCUGCAUAAGAUACCUCAUUUGAAAUCAACUCUUAUAAAUUUAGAGGAGAAAUGUAUUUUCUGAAACCAGUGGAAGGCCUUUGGUUCCUUCGCGUGGUUUGCCCUGAGCCUGCACUGUCCUCAGCUGCAGCCUUGCUGUGCGUGGGCUCCCCCCGCGGGGCCGUCGUGGGACCUGCCGGCUGGCUCCGAGCGGCCGCCGGCCCCGUGGGCGGGCCUGGGGUGGGCACCCCCGCGAGGUUCGACCUGUGCCCGCUGUGGCCACGCCAGACGUCAGUCCUGGGGGUCCUUGCUGGGCCUCUGGGCCGUAGGCUCGGCAGCCCCGAGCCCAGCGCCCCUCCGUCCCGGAGGCAGCUCCCAAGCGGGACCCUAGCCUCGCUGCUUUCGUUAGGCUGCCUUUGGCCCAGGGCCCCAUUACUCGCUGUUUUCCACUAAGUAAAUGUGUCCGGGAGCCCCCAGGCCACAGGUGAAGAGCGAUAAAAUGUGUUCUCUGAUGGGACCCAGCCAGCCGCGAAGAUGGAGGCGUUCCAGGUCUAAAUGAGGACAAGAAGAUGAAAUCCUAGAUCCUGCUUCACACUCCACUUGUGUAGAAUCCUUGUUUUACAAGUUUGGUGACGGCAGAGGCCAGCCAAGACUGCGGCCCCUCCUCUGUAUGUCGUGCCUUGCCCGGCCCCCCUCACACGGCACAGCUCUCCUCAACCCUCGGGACUUUAGUGCAAUUAAACCCAAGUCUAGUUUGAUACUUUUAAACUACUUUUAGCUUCAGUGCUUUGUACGGUUUUUCUUUCUGGUUUUAAUUUUUAGUUGUGCUUUGAGACAGUGCAAUAAACUAGACUUUUUCCAAA